AUGCUCUCCGCCGAAUCAGCAUCCGCCAUCGAGCGUCUACGAAACUACACCCCCCCACCCUCGACAUACACGUCCAUCCCCCUCUCCCGCCAGGCAGCGGUGCUGAUACUCCUGUAUGGCGAUCGCCAGGGCGACUUACGCGUAGUCCUGACCAUCCGAUCAAAGGAGCUAAGGACGUAUGCCGGGCAAGCCGCUCUUCCGGGGGGCCACGCCGAACCCAACGAAAGCGCAUUCCAAACGGCCCGGCGCGAAGCAGAGGAGGAAAUCGGAGUGCCGCGGACCAGCCUGCCGCCUCCCUUUACGAUCGAGCAUCUGUGCGAGUUACCAGCCAGCCUGGCGCGGGCGGAGGUGGUGGUGCGCCCUUGCGUGGCGUGGCUACAUUCUUCAUCUUCUUCGUCAGGCGAAGAAGACGCGGCCUCUGCCUCUGCCUCUGCCUCUGACUUCCUCCGGCUGGAUCGGAGGGAGGUGGCGGCGGUCUUCACCGCGCCGUUUCGCAAUUUUCUCCUCCUCGAGUGUCCUGGUGGUGAGGAUCGACAGUGGUAUCAGGGGUGGUGGACGCGGUGGCAUGAGACAGACUGGAGAAUGCAUCGGUUCUCCGUGCCGAUCAACUCGCAGGACAGCCACACGGUCUUUGGCUUGACGGCGCGCAUCCUCGUCGAUGCGGCUCGCGUUGCUUAUGCCCUGGAGCCGCAGUUCGAGCAUAACACCCCCUUGGGCGAUGAGGAGCUGAUCGCCAGGCUCAAGAGGAACGGGGGCUUGGCCCAGUUGUGAUUCCCUUUUUUUUUCCCUUGUUUGCCUGUUUCCUUUUUUUUCUCUCUUUUUUUCUUUUUUUUUUUCCCUCUCGUUCUCUUUUCUGACAGGUAGACAGCAUAGUGGGCACUGAGUAACGACUGGUAGAGUUGGCAACGCAUCCCUUACUUGUGUCACGCUCGGAUUCGCCGUGCGAGAAAUAAUCAGGUUCCCUCCCCAAUCUAUCCUUCGUUUAUUUUCGCCCUUUUUCAUUUAUUUCCCUCUUCUUUUUUCUGCGAGGGACCGGCCUCGGAUCCGGUGAUUCGAGGAGACUGAGGGGGGGAAGAGACAUUAUUAGGCGAUGUUUGCCCGGAGUUUCUUUGUUGUUGCUGCGG